UAUUUUCCAUUUUAUUUCAGGAGUGCCUAAAACCUGUAAUGUAUUCAGACAAUGAAGAAGAAAAAGCAGUGAGUCGCAAUGUUUUGUACAUUGCCUUGUAUGUGGGUUUAACCCUAAUUUCCCCCUUCAUGCCUUACCUGUCUGAGGAGUUGUUCCAGCGUCUCCCGCCACGUACGACCAAUCAGCCACCAUCAAUAUGUGUCACACCAUAUCCAGAGCCUGAAGAGUAUGAUGUGUUCCUAGAUGAGGAAGUUGAUGAGAAGUUCAAGUUUGGCCAGAAGGUGAUCAGUGAGGUGAGGUCAGCCAAGGCCAAGUAUGACAUUCCCCACAAAGUCAAAAUUGAUUUGACCCUUCAGUCAGAAAGUGCCGACACUAGGGCCACCCUUGAGUCUCUCAUACAAGAUAUUGCCACUUUAUCAAUUGCCUCAAACAUCAAAGUGUCUACAGAGAAUCCAAAAGGCUCUGUCCCAACCCCUGUUAAUGCUGAUACUGUGGCUUGGAUGAAGCUGCAGGGUCUGGUGAACUUAGGCAAAUGUCAAGAAAAAAUUCAAAAGAGGAUUGCAGAUGCAGAAGAUAGACUGAAAACUCUUGAGAGUGAAAUGGCAAAACCAAGUUAUGAUAAGGUACCAGAAGAUGUUCGUGCUAGAAAUGACACCAAGAAGUUGGACUUACUAGCUGAAUUAGAGCAGAGUAAGGAUGCUAUAAAACAACUAGAAGCCAUGGAGACUGAGUGAAAGCUCAUAUUAUAUUGAUUUGAAAUAUUAUUGCAAUAGUACUCAUGAAAGUUGGUAAAAUUUAUCAGUUGUUUGACCAAAUAAUGUUUAUCUAGGUUUUAUAUACUAAUGUUUAUCUAUGAUUUAUAAAACCAUGGAAGCUUUGUUUCUGUUGUUUUCACUUUUCUUUCUCAGUAAUCAAGGAUGUAAAGUUUCCAAUUUCCAGUGUGUGGUGUAUAUUUUUCAAUAUUUAAUAAAAAUGUGUAGAGAUUAUCUGAGUAAAAAUU